ACACGUCACACAUUAUGGUGGAUGUUGGUUUCACUGUUUGCGGAGGAAUUACUGCCGUAGAAGACCAACAUGUCCGAAAGACCUGGAACUAGAGUGAAAUAUGAUCCACCAGACCCACGCCGAGCGUACACGAUUAUGUCGGAAGAGGAGAGACAAAGCGGCAAGAAAACGAACUGGCACGAGAUCGAAAUCACUGGCUCUGUCCGCAGUCUCAGCCCAGAGUUGUGGAAAUUGCAUUUUCUGACCUCGCUCUUUCUAAACAACAACAAUUUGUCUCGACUGCCGGCCGAGGUGUCUCACUUGAAGUGUCUCGCUCAUUUAGAUGUUUCUUGCAACAAACUGCGCAGUCUGCCGGUUGAACUCGGAGACAUGAUCCAACUGAGAGAACUGCUUCUGAACAACAACUCGCUUAGGGCGCUACCCUACGAGCUGGGCAGACUGUUUUUGCUGCAGACGCUCGGUCUUAGUGGCAAUCCUCUCUCUCCUGAGGUGAUCAACAUGGUGAAGGAGCCGAACGGCACCAACAGACUUCUUACAUUCAUGCUUGACAAUCUGAGUGUUUGUCCUCGUCCUCCAGAUCGACCUUGGGUUCAAAUCCGACCAAUAGAUAGGCAGAGAUGUGGCACGACUUUUACUGUCAUGUGCUAUAACGUUUUGUGUGAAAAGUAUGCCACAAGACAACUGUAUGGAUACUGUCCAUCAUGGGCUCUCAUUUGGGAAUACAGGAAACAAAACAUCAUGAAGGAGCUGAUCCAGUACAGUGCAGAUAUUAUUAGUUUGCAGGAAGUUGCAACGGAUCAGUUCUAUAACUUCUUUAAACCUGAACUGGCCAGGCAUGGAUAUGACGGUGUUUUUAGUCCAAAGUCAAGAGCAAAGACAAUGGGUGAAACAGAAAGCAUGCAAGUAGAUGGUUGUGGCAUCUUUUAUCGAACAUCAAAGUUUCUUUUAUUUGAACACUAUUUGGUUGAGUUCAACCAACUGGCAAUGGCAUAUUCAGAAGGAGCGGAUGACAUGCUAAACAGAGUCAUGCCAAAAGAUAACAUUGCAAUUGUGGCACUUCUUGAGGUUAAAGAUGUUGGAAUACUGCACCUUGACCAGAGACAACACAUUUUGGUUUCUAACAGUCACAUUCACUGGGAUCCUGAGUUGCGAGAUGUGAAGCUUGUGCAGUCAAUGCUUCUUGUACAUGAAAUUCAUCAGAUAGCAAAACAGGUGGCAACUGAAAGGGGUAUUGGAAUGCAGGUAUCAGGAAGUAGUGAGGCUCUUCCAAAAGGUUUGAACAUCCCACUUGUUAUGUGCUGUGAUCUCAAUUCUCUCCCGGAUUCCGGCGUUGUUGAGUACCUUACAACUGGACGUGUUCGAAGUGAUCAUCCUGACUUUCAAAAAAGUCUCAAAUACCAAGGCUUCCUACAACGUUUCAUGGAUAGAAAGCACAACCACUCUCCCACAUCCUCAGGCUAUGUUAAACAUCCUUUCAACCUUGCUAGUGUUUACAAUGGCCAUGAUAUUCCCUUCACAAACUUUACGUAUGACUUUACUGGCAUCAUUGACUAUGUCGUGUACACAAAAGAUUUGCUUGCUCCGCUUGGUUUUCUGGGAAAGGUUAGUGAAGAAUGGUUGACCCAAAAUAAGAUUAUUGCAUAUCCUCAUCCACAUUUUUCGUCUGACCACAUUCCACUGCUGACUGAAUUUGAAGUUGUUGCAGACCAGUGCUGAUGAGAUAGGCUGUGAUAACUCUAAAACUGCCGUUUGAGCGUGUGUGACUUUCUUUUUUGCUAUUUCAAUGUCUGAAUAGUAUGCAAUAGUUUUUAUCCUUUUUCAAUGGUAGAUGGCAGCUGCGGAGUACUUAUCAAUUGCUGUACAUGCGGAGUUAGCGUGUUCAUAUGUGAAAGUGAAUUGGUGAUGACAAGUG